GUGUUUCCAGAUUUCUAUGAAAUAUGACCUAAAAUGUGUCCCUCCUGCAGAGUUCUGGACAUGUCCCAUCCUGUGAUCAAGCAGACCCGUGCGAAUCCCAGGGCAGUGUUAGGCGUCUUGACGGAGAGGAUUAUGACGUCACUACCUUGCCCGGUCACAAACAAUGUCCUUAAGCAUGGCAAUGUAGGAGCCAACGUGAGCGCCUGUGUGUUCCUGAGCGGGAAGGCCUCUAUGAAGCACAGCGGCAGUACUCAGACAGAUAGUGAUGUGUCACUGGGUAUUCCUGCAAAUACUGUCAUGGCCUACAGUCUGAUUGAACUCUACGUCAAAUGCAAUGGAAAGUUUGAGCUGUGCCUCAUCUGCAACAAUGGGGGCUUUGAAAUAGAUAGGUCAAAGGAGGGGUUGGAAGUAGAUGGAUUUAUGGACCUGGGAGGCGACUUUGAUACCAACAGUCCCCUAAAUCUGAACAAAGAACUGGAGAAACUGAGUGGUCAUUUCCAGCUCCUGUUAACCCUUCCGGCAGCCAAACGCUCCUCUCUGCUCCAGCUCCUCAAGACAACCAUGGAGGACAGAGAAGCAGUCAGUGUGCUGGAGAGUGUGCUGGAUCAGAUGUGUGAAGGCGAGACUCCUGACCUGGGUGAUCUGGAAGAGUCUGAGAGGGAAACAGUCCAGGCCAUACUGGAUCUUGUAGACCAAUGUGUUGGGAAGGAUGAGGACGAGAUCAGAUCUUCACUUCUCAGUGCCGUCCACCUCAUUGUCAGUGCCAUGGACGGAAUGACAGAUGAAGGUCUCUCUGUGUUGGGAUCCUGUUGCAGUCCUCCAGUCUUACAGGCCCUGCAGAUCCUGGUGCAGCAUGUGGCAGCAGGGAGUGGGGAGACCCUCUCUCUGAGAGAUGCAGGUCUGGCUGUUCUGACUGAGGAGGAGCUGUAUCAGAGGACAGAGAGUCUCUUUGGUCACUCUGAAGUUACACUGAAGAGAGAGGAGGACACACUGAGGACAGAGAUGAAGGACCAGCCUGGAUACCUUCCUCUAGUCAUGAGUAUCACUGUGAAAGGCCUUUUUAGUGUAAGCUGAGAGAGAGACAGAGAGUCCCGGACUAGAAUCCCACACGCAGAUUCUAAACAGACGUUGAACUGAAAAACAACUAUUUCCAUUGAUUGUUAAUUCCCUGCAUUGUGUAUUUAUCUUCGAAUAUUCUUACA